AUGAGGCUCUUCUUUUUGUACAUUCUGCUGCUAAUUGGAGGUAACUUUGGCCCUCUUUUAGUCAUCCUUUGCUUCUUCUUUUUUGAUUACAUUAAAACUUUUAGUGGCUUAUGCGAGUAUAAACGAUGUCCCGGUCAAAUAUAAGAACAAAGGGACGGUGGCGGAGAUUGAGAUGAGCACCGAAUCCGGUCACGACAUGUACCAGAGGUGGACGGACCAGGCCUUUAGUAGUUUACUGGCCGCUGUGGCUACCAGGAAGUAAGAUUUUAAUUUUUUGAAACCUUUUUCGUUGAUUGAUAUAUUUGAUAUCGGUCGACAUGAUUUUUGCGACAAACGUUUCCUUUGUUUUCGGUUUUUUCUUCUGAUUUUCACAUGAUUGAUUUGCUUUUCCUUAAAAAAAAUACUUUUCACAAUAAAUGCAAUUAAUCCAAGAUUGCAAAACAAAAUAAUAUCUGGUCUCAUGAUUUCCUGCAAAAAUUCUUAUGCAGAACGUUUUAUGAUCUUUUCACCUCCAAUUACAGUAUGCACCAUCUGUCCGACCUUGAACAAGUCCACUUAGAAGAGUGUUCCAAAGCCGCCGACACUGUGAUUAAGCAUGCUCGAUGCGUAAAGAAAGUUUUGGAUCAGAGAGGUAAGAAGUUCAUAAGGAAAGACAUCAGUCCGGCAGGUUCCUUAAGCUCCGGUGACGGAUGAGAUCGCCGCAGAAUAUACCGUAUGUUUAUCUGAUAUCUUUUCAGACAAACGGAAACAAAGUCGGGUCGCGGCUUUGCGCAAAAAGAAACUCGAAAAGGAUACCGUAACAGAGCGGAAGAAGGAGGGAGAAUGGGUGGGAGGGAUUCGGAUCAGGAGGAGUGUGGCCAAAGCUGAAAGAUAUGGCCUGAAAACAAAGAAUGAUGGCAUGACCGCGUUCGGAGCUGUGGCCAAGGUCCUUAAUCAAGCUGUUUCUGGCCAAAAGAACAAGACUGAGCCCGAAUCGUAAGCCUUAUCCACUUCUUUGGAAUCAGAAAUGAUGUUUAUUGUUUUGUUCUUUAUUUUUUUAUUUUUUUACAUAUUUCAUGGCGUAACAAAAUCAAAAAUUAUGUAGAAUUUAUUAGGUUCACAUUUUCUCGAUUUAUCAUCAAUUUUUAACUACAUGAUGACAUUACAAUCCAUCUCCUUUUCAGAUGGCAAAUGGCCGUCGAAAAAGUUCGUCUAAGUGCCCAUAAGCGGAAGGCCGCCAGAAAGGCCUUUGCCGAACGCCAAGAGAAGGGGGACUUUGAGAAUCUGCAGCAAUUGGCCUUCAGAAAUCUCGGCCAAAAGCACAGUAUGGCCAACGAAUUGGAGGGCAUGAUCGAGAAGCCUGAUGAAAUGAAGAAAAUGAUCCGAGACAAGAAAUUCAAGAUGAUGGCAGAUCCAGUGGGACGGAUGACCAAUCUGGUGAGAGAGGGUGUCAAGUUGGGAUUCUCAUUGGCCGGCCAAAACUCCUCCGAUUUGGAUGAAAAAACUUUGAGUUUAAUAUCUCCAAGGUUCUUCUCGGUCACUCCAGAACAGGAUGCAGAUGGAAAUUCCACUGUAAGUUGGUGACUGCAGUCCUAUUCGUUUUUUUUCAAAAUUUUAAUGACCGUUUUGUAAGUUUAAAUUACUUUAGGUCAACAUUUUGUCCCCAUCGUUGCUCAGUCUUCACAAUGAGGGCUCAGGAACUGAAAAUUUAACAAGUUUGCCCACUCUUGUCAAAGGAUUCAAUGGCAGAGAUCAACAGGAAUGGCUGAACUUUAUUGUGGAAGCAGCUGGAGUCAGCGAUCAGGCUGAGAAAUUGGACCAAGUACGCUAAUUCGAUUAGACAAAGUUACACAAAUCAUUUUACUGUAUUGAAAUGAUGUUUGUUUUGCAGGAGACCGAAGACAUCAGUAAAGUCAAAUCAAUUGAGGAUUACGAGAAGGAGGUCAGAGGAAAAGAUGGACAACCACUCUAUUUCACCAAGAAAAAUGUGACCGAUAUGUACGGAGACUAUGAGAAACGGAAGGUAGAGACCUUUGAAGAGCUCUCCAAGUCAUAUACGAAGCAACAAGUAAGUGAUUUACGUCUUCAUAAACUAAUCGUGCUAUUGUCUACUACAAUAUAAAAAAGUUCAAAAUCAUUGCCAAUAAAAUUUUAGCUCAAAGAAAUGAAUACGACAGGAUUCUCGAUUCUGAACAAAGACCAACUUCGACAUUUGUAUGGUCCCGACUCUCCUUACAACCACACCGAGAGCUACCAUAAACUGACCAAUAUGAGUAAAUCUCACAUCUUGAGUAGAAUGGAAAAGGACAUCGAGCUGAUCACUCAGAUGGAGAAAUUCGAGAACAAACAGAAGGAUAUUGCCCUCUCUCCAAUCGUGUUGUCACCUCUGAUCCUUGCCACGCCAGCCUUGAAUACCUUCGUCGUUUUGUCGCCUCUCGUCUUGUCGCCGAUUAUUCUGUCGCCGGCCGUGUUGGGUCCCAUUAUUCUGUCGCCUUGGGUGUUCAUCCCACUGAUCCUCAGUCCUCGUGUCUUAUCCCCUCUGAUCUUGACACCCAUGAUCUUCUCGCCCCUGAUUCUUUCUCCUCUCGUUUUGCAUCCGUUGAUCUUAUGUCCGGGUGUUUUCAAUCCCCUUAUCUUGACUCCAUUGGUGUUAUCUCCCCUCAUUUUGUCUCCCCAAGUGUUCACGCCCAUUAUUCUGUCUCCUUUGGUUCUCAAUCCUCUUAUUCUUAACCCUAUGGUUGGAUCUCCGCUGGUUCUUUCGCCUUUCGUCCUGUCUCCCUUAAUUCUUUCGCCUCAGGCACUCUUCGCAUUGGUUUUGUCGCCGUAUGCGGCUUCGCCGUUGAUUGAGAGUAAACUGAUUGUGGCGUCACUUGUCCUGUCGCCGAGUUGGUUGUCGUAA